AAUGCAUAUCUUUUUCUUAUGAUAUAUAUUUAUAUGAAAUUUGGUAUAAAAUAUUUUAUACAAGUAAUUUUUUCUACAAAAUAUAUUUGUUUAAAAUAUCAAAUCAGGGGGUUUGGGCACACAUUUUUCAAAAUAUUAUAUGUAUGGAUGAUAUGAUUAUGUUUCAAGACUGAAAUUUGAUUCUUUUGCUUGAAGAAAAGGAGAAGAGAGAGGCAAGCUUCUGUUUGAUGGUUUUCCAGUUUUAAUGUGGAUUUGUGAUGUUUUGCUGAUAAAGAUUGAAUUGAUUGGAGAUGGUGGGUAUCUGUAAGUUGACUUUUUGAGAUUUGCUUUGAAGGAACCUUUAAUUUAAUGACUAUUUGGUAAGGGGACUGGUGGGGAGUUCAUGAGAAGUUUGAAAUUUUACUAAUGGAAGUUUCAUUGGAUUGACAGUGCAGAAACACUUUGAGCUCACAGACAUCUUGUGAUUUUUUUGUGGAAAUUUGUUUGAUUGAAGAUCUGGGGUGUAGGAGGAGGUUAGAAAUGGUUCAAGAAAGCAUAUUAGUUUCAUCUUUGAAUUGAUUUGGUUCUGCUUAUAAGUUUUAUCAGUUGGGAUUUAUUUGUCUUGAGUCUGAGUUAUGAUGGAUGAAGAUCCUUGUAGCAUCAAUGCUUUGCCUCCUUUCAUUGCCAAGACUUAUGAAAUGGUGGAUGAUUCCUCCACUGAUUCUAUUGUCUCCUGGAGUCAGAACAACAAGAGUUUUGUUGUCUGGAACCCUCCCGAAUUCGCCCGAGAUUUGCUGCCCAGAUUCUUCAAGCACAAUAACUUCUCCAGCUUCAUCAGACAGCUGAAUACUUAUGGAUUCAAGAAAGUUGAUCCUGAAAACUGGGAAUUUGCAAAUGAUGACUUUGUUAGAGGUGAGCCACAGCUUUUGAAGAACAUCCACAGGCGCAAGCCAGUUUACAGUCAUUCUGCCCAGAAUCUUCAUAGCCAUUCAUCUUCAUUAAGUGAAUCAGAAAGACGAAAAUAUAAGGAUGAUAUUGAAAAGUUGAGGCGUGAUAAUGAAUUGCUUCAAUCAGAACUAGAAAGACAUGUACAAGAUCAGCGAGGACUUGAGCUGGAACUAGAACGGGUAGCUGAGCUUCUACGUGAUGCAGAAAAGCAGCAAAAAAGCAUGUUAUCAUCCUUAGCUCGGGCGUUGGAUAAACCGGAGCUCGCAUUAGGCCUCGUGCCACAAUCAGCACUGCCUUGCAGAAAGAGAAGGCUGCUGGGAAAUAGUAACCUUCAUGAUGAAACAGCCAUGGCAGAUACUCAAGCGAGCUCCUCUCAACACUUGGCCCGAGAAAAUACGAGUUCAAUUUCUCUCAUGACACUCAACAAGCUGUUAGAUCAGCUCGAGUCUUCUUUGAUCUUCUGGGAUAAUAUAUUACAAGACGUCGCUCAAACUGAAUUGGACGAAUCUAGGCGUUGUGCAGAUAGCCCCGCUAUAUCAUACACACAGCUAAAUGCAGAUACAGCAGCUAACACUCGUGGAAUCGAUAUGAACUCUGAGCCUAACGCAAGUCCUCUUCUCGAAGCUAUACCUCCAAUUCCACAACAGCAAGCAGUAGUACCCGGGACUGUCACAAAUGCGCCAACAAGAGUAAACGAUGUGUUCUGGGAACAGUUCCUCACCGAGAAUCCUGGUUCUUCCAAUGUAUCACAAGUACAGCAAGAAAGGAAAGAUCUCGAUGCCAAAAAAGGGGAAAACGAUCCAGUUAACCACAAGAAACUUUGGAGAAGCAUGAAAAAUGUGAACAUAAAUAGCCUUGCUGAACAGUUGGAGCAUAAUGCACCAGCAGAGAUAACAUAAUGUGGUACGUUUUGUAAUCGUGAAUUUAGCCCGUAUAGUACAGUCUUUUGUAAUAUUCUUUCAAGCCUUGUAUAUAGAACCGAUUUUUCUGAUCAACGAGUAGUUAGACAAUACUAAACAUGAUUUUCUUA